UAUCAUUUAGUUAUUUCUUUUAAUUAGUCAUAGUUUAAAAACCCAUCUAAAUCAUUGGUUGCACUUAGAUUAAGUGAUUACUUGCAUUCUCGGUGCUUUGAUAUCUCUCAGAACUGGUUCGACAAUCAUUUAUACUACAGCAUUUGUCUUAGGAGCCUUGAAAACUCCUAACAUCAACCAUGCAAAGGUUCCACUCAGCUUUAAUGGACGAAGAGUACAUGUGGAAGAGCAGGAAUGGUACCAACAGAGGGCCACAACAGGAGAGUCAAAUCAUGAAAGAUCUCUCUUCUCAAAAAUAUGAUAGUAAAUUAAAAACACACGACCACAUGUUAUAUUAUUACAGAACAUCAAAACCAUUUAACUUUUUAAUUGUCUAGAGUUUCAACUAUAUCAUCCUACAAAUCUGAAAGCUUGUCCUAGAUUAACAAUAGAUUUACCGAGAAAAACAGAGCAAAACAAACCAAAACCUAGUAAAAAAAAUUGAUUGUCAAUACAAAAACCAAGACAAUCAGAAUUCAUAGGCAACACUAAGCAAGAGAAGUUUAAUUAACUGCAUAGAGAGAGAUAAUGAACGACCUUAGAAAACUCGUGAAGAGCAUUCUCCCUGAGUUCGGGGUUGCAAAUGUCGAGCACUAACUGCUCCGCCGCAUAGAACAUGUGUCGUCCCUAUCUAGUUCAAGUUAGAGUGACCUCUUUUUAUACAAAGGAGUCCAAAAUAGGUAAUGAAAUUAUGAAACAUUCGAUUUUUAAAGCGGUGGUCAGAUUACCUUGGAAUAAAGCAGCAGCAUAUCAACCCCCAUAAACUGGCCUCUUUAUUUUAUUGACAUUCCUAGACUCCAAAAACGGAGGAGUCGCAUCUGUACCACCUACCUGCACCGGACUGCCUUCAAGUGAGACAAUGGGAUAUGGGACAGUGUAACACAUUUCUCGAAAGACCUAACCUCAAAUUUUCUAUAGCUCGGUCUCAGUCUCAACAAUCACAUCUUUCGUGUGUAUAGGAUCAGGAAGAGAAGAGAUCUGAGCCACAUAACAAUGUGAACUUUGACCUCUCCGACUCCUCCACGUUUUCUAUUAAAGUGAGAAUUUUGAAUUGUCAAGACACAAACCUUGCCACAUCCAACACAGAAUUUUGAGUUACCGUGAUCUAGACAUGAUUCAUCAGUCUCGUCUAGCGUUUUCUUAAAUCAGAAACAGUGGCUUGCACCAUAACCUAACAAUCACCACGAAAUCAAUCUUCAAUUAAAAGAAGACCAGGAAAGAGGAGAAUAAAGAAGUAGUAGGAUACCUCCUUGGUGGAGACACUCAAAGUAAUCACUGAAUUCAAUCCAGAAAUCAUAUCCCUCUUCCCGACUACUUAUCGAAGGAGAUUACAGAGAAAAAGAGAAUGAUACUCAGAAGAAUAACUGAUUUGAAGGGCAAAUACAUGAUCCAAAUAAUAUAUGAUGAUUUCUAGAUCUAGGGGAGAGGUCGCUUCCGUUUCUGAGAAGGGAGAAGAGUAUAUCUUAUUGUAAUAGAUCGGAGAAGACAAUAAUUGCUUCUAUUUUCAGAUGAGAUGAAGCUCAAAAGACAGAGUCGCGUAGGUUUAAGGAGAUGAUGACAUGGCUACAGAAAGUUCUCUAAUUGGCUGAUUUUUUAAUCUGACGUGGACACACUCUCUACUCCUCAUAUAACCCUUUUAAUAUAGUAUAGAUACAUAUAAUUCACUGAUAUUUCUAUACCAAAAAUACAAUUAAUAAUUUUUAGAUGAAUAAAUAAAUGAUAAUGGCAGAAAAUAUAAUAUUGGAAACAAACCAGUGACAUUUCCAAAAAGUAUAUAGUAUAUCAUGUAUUUAUUGUUUUGAUUGUUAGAGAAAAUAAAGAUAAGACCAAAAUAUAAUGAAUAGUUAAUGAAUAGGUGCAACAACAUUUCAUAAGUAAUUUUUUUAAGAAUCUUUUUCUUUUAAUAAUAUAGAUAAUGAACUCAUCAAUCAAUCUACCUACCCAUCAAAAAAAAGAUUGUAUAAUUUACAGUUUCAAAUGAACCAUUAUCAGAUUUCAUUUGCUUUAAAAGUUUAGUUAAUUUAUCAAUAAAGGAAAGUAAGAUCAUUCUGACAUGGCUGAUUGGUAAGACCAUUUUUCGCAUUUGGACAAGUUCACCUGUCAAAUGUUGAAUACAUGAUCAGUUUAAAAUAGAUCAAAGACAUUUUUCAAACAAUUACGUUGAACAUAACUUAUCAAUAGAAUCAAGUAAGAUAAUCCUAAAACAUGGCUGAUUGGUAAGAACAUUUUUGCAUUUGGACAAGUUAUGUCAAAUCUUGAAUGCGAUCGGUUUAAGAUAAGAACUACAAUUUGUUUCAAAUUUCAAACUCUUCAAACAAUUACGUUUAACACAACUUAUAAAUAGUAGAUAAAAGCGAUGAGUACAGUCGAUCUGCCGUUACUUUCCAUAGACAUCUCAUUGUAUAGUAGUUAUAUGCAGUGCCGUGCGAAGGUUUUUGAGGACCCAAGGCGAAUUAAAAAAAAAUUUAUUUGAUAUCGUUUUUUGAAAAAAGUUCUAUUUAAAUUCAAAUUAUAUAAAAUAUUUUUUUGAAAAAAACAUAUAAACAUAACACUAAAAAGUUUUGAUUUAUUACCUAAACAUUUUCUAAAUUUUCUGCACUAGACUUUUAUAAACUAAAAAUAAAAUAAUGAUCAAAAGUAGGAAUUAGUAAUAUAAAAACAAAAAUACAAAUUUUGAAUUAAAAUGUUGGUCGCUGUUAAAAAGCUAAAUCUUGGCGUUUAAAUUAAAUACAAUAAACUAUAUAUUCAAAAUAUUAUAAUUUGUUAAUCAAAUUCUAUAAAUAUAUAAAAUAAAUCUAACUCAUAACAUAUACAAAAAUGAAAAAUAUGGAUCAAAUAUUUACAGUUAAUUAGAAGUAGAAUCUUUAUAGUUUUACAUAAAAUAUAGUAAAAUUAAUCAUAAAUUAGUUUUUUUUUUUAAACAUAAAUCGAAUUUAGAAUCAAAUAAAAAUAAAAAUCUAACUAAAAGAAUACAUUAACUAUUAUGUAAUUCUUUUGUUUUGUAAUUAGGGGCCCUUAAAAUUUUACAAAAUUUGGGGGCCUUAGGCAAAUGUCUUUUUCAUUAAGCUGUAAGCACGGCUCUGGUUAUAUGUAUAUUUCUCUAAUACAUUCAAUUAUUAAAACAGUAUAUUAUGGUGUAAGAACACCAACGUGUAAACAUAUUUCAGCAUACAAAAGUCACAUCGCCAAGCUAGCAAAAGAUCGAACGGUGUUUGAUUCUUCAAAACACCCGAGCAACCUAGAUCCUAGACAUCACAUAUUCAGUUUUUUACUUAUUUUAUUUACUUUGGAAACACAAAUGUAUAAAUUUUUAUAUAUUUUUUAAAAUAAAUGUAUAUUGCUUGCUUAUUACAAAAAUGUUAAAAUUUUAUAAUCGUCAAAGAAGCCGAUGAUGACGGGUGUCUCAAGUUUAGGUCCACGAACCUCUUUUUAUUCUUUAAAACUCUCUCUCUCUCUCACUUGGGUCAAACAAGUCGACAAAGCAAAACUCUCUCUCUCUCUCUCUCUCUCUCUCUCUAGAUUAGAACAAUGACGUCGUCGACUUGCGGGAGGGAGGUUCAUUACAGAGGAGUAAGGAAGAGACCAUGGGGUCGCUACGCGGCAGAGAUUAGAGAUCCUUGGAAGAAAACUAGGGUUUGGUUAGGCACUUUCGACACUCCCGAAGAAGCAGCUCUCGCUUACGAUGGCGCCGCCCGUUUCCUCCGUGGCAUCAAAGCUAAGACUAACUUCCCCUCUCCUCUCUCUCUUGACCUUAACCACAUCCCUUCCGCUCCCUCCGUCCCCGCCGCACAUAACCAACACCAACAACUCUGGUUCUCGGCUCCUCCUCCGGUUUCUGACAAUCACCACCACCAUCACCAUAGAGUCUUUCUCCGAACCGGAGUGCUCAACGACACGACCUCAGAUUUCCUCUCUAGAGAAACACCGCUUCACAUAGCCGCCUCGCCUGCCGCUGCCACGUCGUCUUCGCCUCGAGUAGUUGAGUUUCCGAUGAGUACUGCCUCCGCAACGACGAGACGUGGCUUAGCCAUUGAUCUCAACGAGCUGCCGCCGCUUUGGCUGUAAAACACACUAUGAAAAUGGAGAACGGCGCCGUCUUGAUGAACACUUUCGGUGGAACUAUUAUUGUUUUAACUUUAGUUUCUUUUUAGCUAAAAAUCUUUUUAGAGUAAUAUGAUCAGUUUUCUUUUCAGUGUCCUUUUCUCUUUUUAGUUAUGUAAGAGACGGAGACUGAUGGUUAUGAUCCAUCAUCCAUGUUGCGGAAACAAAAAAUAAACUUCUUAAUUAACACUCAGUAUUAAUUGUUAAGUAGCCUUGUGUACAUUGUUAUAAUUGUUUGAUUAGAAAACUGGAUCUAAACAAAGUUAUUUUGAUGUGGAUUGUUGCGAGUCCAAUGACAGUCGCUUAUGUCAGUUUCGGGGUUUUUUUUAAAUUGUAUCGUGUCAUGAAGUACGGACUGACUUGUGUACUAGCUCUCUUUACUCUGCUUUGCGUUCUGUUUGACUCACGCGCCUCUCUUACAACGACAAAAGACUGAGAAAGAGAGAAGCAGACAAAAGAGUAAAAACUGAGCAAGCGUGUGAAUUUGGACAAUUGGACUGCCAUUAACACUUGCAGACAAUAAUUGUAUUAUCUUAUCAGUUCGAGUAUGUAAAUAGUUUCCUAUGUUUUUACAAAAUAAAUAUAUAUUUUUAUUAAAAAUAUAUUUUCUAGAAAAUAACUGCUACUUUUAUCCUUAUGUUCAUUGUUUUUGAAUAUGAUUUGUAAGCGAAUUCGUAUAGUUAUACGAGAUAUGAAUUUUUUUCUUUCUUUUUUUUGACAUUUUUUGUCAAUUCGUCCUAGAACCACUAAAUGUGUUAACGAAUGUAAAACUAAAAUUUUACUGAGGUUUUUGUUGAAACCAAAUUAUGUUUAGAUGAGCCAUUUGUUAUUGAAUACCCAUUAAUUAAGUAAAGUGAAAUUAUGAAUGAUAUAGAGUGUAUUUAUAUAUCAGUUCUCUUUAAACUAUCUCCAACCUAUUUUUAUAUCUUUUAAAUUUUUUUAUUACAGAUAUGGUUCUUGUUUUGAUGUAUAUAUUUAUAAUAUUUUUCUAUAAAACGGUGUUAUUUAUAUUUUUAUAUUUAAAAAUAAAAAUAACAUUUUUCUAUAAAAAAAUUAUUAUAGAAACAUAUAUUGGAGUAAAUCAUCUCUACAAUGAAAUUUUUAUUUUAAAAUAAAAUAAAAUAAAUAUAGGGAAGAAUUGGAGAGGCUCUUAUAAAAUAGCAAAAUUUGUUUUGAAAUUCAAUGUUAUACUUAAUUCAUGUAAGUACAUGAGACCCUAUAUAUUAUUACAUACUAGGUUUUUUUUUUGGUCAAUUAUAGUUACAAUCACAUACUUUUUUUCGGGCAACAAUUACAAUUACAUACUAUAUGAAUAUAUUUUAGGCCUAAGAAACCGGUUGUUCAAUUUGAAUUUGAACAUGGUCUCAAUGACGACCGCUGCAUUUGAUUCUGAAUUAACGUAAUUCCCCUUUUGGCUCUUGUGGAGACCCCACUCGCCGUCGCCUGACUUUGGGGUCUUUUUUUUUUGUUUUCUUUGACAUUUACUUAGUUUAUUAUAGGCUAAACUAAACGUUUAGCGUGGUCCUUUGUGAGUCUCUUGUCGUUUUGACCUCUUACAUAUAAUAUGGAGUUCGUUGUUGUCUAUCCGCUAGCUAUCUCUAGUUUUUUCAAUAAACCUAAGAUUUAUUUAGUUAUUUGACAAAAAGUCUAUUUAAUAGUAACAAUUUAGUUCUGUUUAAGUUACUCAAAAGUGUGGCGGCAGUGGCCGACCAUAACUUUGAAGCAUCGGUAAUAGAAUUAGCUAUAUCGUCACGUAAGCUAAAUGAAAAAAAUAUGGACAGACAUAUUGUUGACAUGAUAGGAAAUUUUGUUGGUUGGCGGAGAGGAGCAAAUUCCAACAAACAUUACUUUUUCAUUUUGGAUUAAUUUCAAAAUAAAUUCCAACAAAUUCUUCUCUUAAUUUCAAAAUAAAUGUGGUUAUAUAUUUGGGCCAUGGGCUUUUAAUCAAAUGAGGUCCAAGUUCAGUUUGUGUUUAUCUUCACUUUAGGUAGCAGUUUGGAAUAAUAUCUCCUAUGUUUUUUUUUGGUCAAACAUAUCUUCUUUGUUUUACUUAUUUUUCUCGUUAGAAAAAUAAAUCCUUAUCAUAGUCUAACAGCUUAAUGUUUUAGCAUAAUAUAUCACAAGAACCUUUUACGCACACACACACGCACACACACACAUAUAUAAAUAUGUUCAAAAAAAUUUAGCAAUCGAAAGUAUUUUUCUAAUACAAGAUGUUUUAUACACUUUUAUAUUAUUUUAUUAACUGAUUUGAUAUUUUAUCUAAUACAAAGAUAAACUUCUAUUACAUACAAAGAUAACAUGAAUUGUAACAGCUUACUGUUUAUGCGGUACUAAUGCAUAAACUAAAGACCAUUUGUUUCUUCAUUGUGAUGUCUCAUCUCAGCUGUGGGACAUCGUUUUGACUCUUCUGGGCCAGCCGUUUCUCAUGCUUUCUGAUUGGCAAGCUCUCCUCUGCUGAAGGCUUUCUCAGACUUGCCAGGAUUGUCUUCGAUCCUAAAGAGACUCACGGUUCAGGUGGAGAUAUUUUAUCAUUUGGAAAGAAAAGAACAACAUGCUGCGCAACAGCAUCUCGGACACCACUCUUCCUAUGUUUAGGAGGCUGGAUAGAACUCUCCGUGACACUCUCCUUGCACGUUUAUUCCCAUAAACGGUGUCUCACUGGUUUCCGCUCAUAGUUUCAUCAGGAUUUUAUUUUAUCUUUUCGGAAUAUAUAACUUUAUACUUCUCAAACGCUUGUAACUAAAGUCUUGUUCUUUCUUUUUUGGAAUAGUAUUUACAUUUAUACAAAAACGUUAACAUGAUAAGGCUUCUAGAUCUUAUGCUAUUUGUGACACAAUUCCAUAACAACAAAAAACAAAUAAACUACUAAUUUACUAUGCGCCUUUAUUUGAGGCAGCAAAAUUCUGUCUUUGACCAAUAGUCCCAUUGUAUUUUCCUUUUGGCUUUUCUAACCUUUCCUCAAAUAAUUGUAUACAGAUAAAAGAGAAACGACUUAUAUUUGUUCUUUGCCGACAAUUUUUAUUUUUUUAAUGUGUUCGUCAAAAAGAUUGAUGCCAAAACAGAUUUACUAAGUUUUGCUGAUCAGAAAAUUAAACAAAAACGUUACAAGUAAUCGAUAAACAACGGCAGAUGAGAACAAAACAUUCUCAACACUAACAUUAUUUUUAGUUUCCUGCUGACCCAAAAAUUGAAAAAAAAAAAAAUUGGCACCAACUUAAUAA